AAUUUGUUCCAAAUUCAAUAACAUUUUAGUGGGGGUUUCGUUAUUUAAAGAUAAAAUAAUUCUGACUUUGACACAGUAAAAAAAGACAUUUUUCAUCAUGAGAGCUUUUACAGUAUUAUGUCUUGUCGCCUUUUUGUGGUCUUCUUCUUUUGGACAAGAAGAUGGAAGUUCUUCAAGUUCUUCAAGUUCUUCUAGUUCGUCCAGUUCCACUUCAUCAGGGGGAAAGACUAAAACAGUAACUGAAACUCAUACCACUGGAACUGGAAGUUCUGAUGCUCAAGCUGGUGCAAAUUCAGGGACAAGUGCUUACGUACCAAGAACUAAUUCAUGGAGUCAACCACCACCUAACGUAGGCCAUGGUCAUUAUCAAUUACCUGAUGGAGGAUUCACCACUUACAUUCCAGGUUGUGCGACGCCUGCUAAAUGCUAUCCACAACAACCUCACCCAGUUCAACAAUCUGUAGGAGUACAAGAAGGAUCUUCAAGUAUUUCAAAGUCUUCGAGUGUCGUUGGGUCAAAUGGACAAACUAAAACAUCUACCGAAACAGAUGUAAAGGGAGGGGGACAAGCAGGUUCUAAUGCUCAUGCUAAAGAAGGUGCUACUGUUCGAGUAAACGGUCAACGUCCCCAAACUGGACCACGUCCAGUGUAUCAACAUCCAGUACCCCAACAUCCCCAAAAUGCACCUCAACCAGUGUAUCAACAUCCAUUACCCCAACAUCCCCAAAAUGUACCUCGUCCAGUGUAUCAACAUCCAGUACCCCAACAUCCUCAAAAUGCACCUUAUCCAGUGUAUCAACAUCCAGUAGGUAAUGGAGGUGGUGUCUCUUAUCAGGUUCCAACUCAAGGAUAUUCUCAUUAUGUCCCAAUUUGUCCGUCUGGAAAUUGCAUUCCACAACAAGCUUAUCCAGUACAACAAUCUGUAGGAGUACAAGAAGGAUCUUCAAGCAUUUCAAAGUCUUCGAGUGUCGUUGGGUCAAACGGACAAACUAAAACAUCUACCGAAACAGAUGUAACUGGAGGGGGACAAGCAGGUUCUAAUGCUCAUGCUAAAGAAGGUGCUCCUGUCCAAGUAAAUGGUCAAUUUUUCCAAAAUGGACCUCAACAAGUGUAUCAACAUCCAGUACAAAAUGUAGGUGGCUAUUUUCAGCUUUCAACUGGAGAAUAUGUCCAAUAUGUCCCAACUUGUCCGUCUGGAAAUUGCUAUCAACAACCAGCUUAUCCGGUACCACAAUCUGUAGGAGUACAAGAAGGAUCUUCAAGUAGUUCACAGUCUUCGAGUGUUGUUGGGUCAGAUGGACAAACUAAAACAUCUACCAACACAGAUGUAACUGGAGGGGGAGAAGCAGUUUCUAAUGCUCAUGCUGAAGGACCUCGUCCAGUGAAUAAUGGAGGUGGCUAUUAUCAGAUUCCAGCUAGAGGUUUUGUCAAUUAUGUUCCAAAUUGUCCGACUCAAAAUUGCUAUCAACAACAAGCUUAUCCAGUACAAUAUGGACAAAGAUUCGUUGUUCCAGGUCAACCUCAAUACUACGCUCAAGCAGGCAGCAUACCUUUCUUGAGUUCUCGACUUCAUGACGAUGGAAGGGCAAGCCUUCACUCGCAUAUGAGUUCUGCGGAUGCAAAAGGUAGUUUCAGUUCCAGUUCUUCUGUGAGCGAUGGUCAGACUAGUGAAUUGAAAACAACAGUGGGACUUAUUCACUAGAGAAACUUUAACUCAUUUAUUUAUGUAUUUUAAUAAUAUUUUAAUAUUUAUAAUACAUUAUUAAUAUAUAUAGUAAUAUAACAGCGUAAUAUAUAUAUGUGUUACAUAUAAUAUUUAUUAUGAAUGUAAAAAA